UUUCUCUCUCUCAUCAAUCUUCACCCUUGAGAACAAGAUACAGUCUCUCAUCUCUACCAACGGCAACAAGAAAUUAAUCGGAAAACCCUAAAAAAUUCGAUUGAAGUUGCGCAAUCUUAAGAGGGUGCUGCGGCUCUGGUUCCCCAGCUUCCCUGUUCUAGGUACUUGGCAAUGAUUCCGAAUGGAUGCGCCAUGCCCGCCGGGUGCAGUUCUGUGAAUUUCGGGGUGUCAUGUGCUCCAUGUUUUCGAACUAAGGCGGCUGCUUUUCCAUGCGUCAGUUCGUGGAGAGCUCGGCAGGAAGUUAUGCCACCUCUGAACCCUUGUGCUGCAUCAAGCCCAUUUUUAAGUGGGGAUCACGGUAGCUUGUUACGUGCAAUCCCCGCAUUGCAAAGAGGAUGCAAAUCUCGUAUGGCCCCUCAAGCAUCUAAGGAUGUUCCAUACAGUUUUCGGUUCCCUCCCAUGACUAAGAAGCCAAAGUGGUGGUGGAGGACGUUAGCCUGUCUCCCCUAUUUGAUGCCCCUACACGAGACAUGGAUGUAUGCUGAGACAGCGUAUCAUCUACACCCUUUCCUGGAGGACUUUGAAUUCUUAACAUACCCUUUCCUCGGAGCCAUUGGGUUGCCCAGCUGGUUCUUGAUGGCAUACUUCUUCGUUGCAUAUCUGGGAGUUGUGAGGAGAAAGGAAUGGCCUCAUUUCUUCAGAUUUCAUGUGGUGAUGGGCAUGCUGUUGGAAAUUGCCUUGCAGGUGAUAGGGACUGUGAGCCGUUGGAUGCCACAUGCUGUCUACUGGGGUAAGGUUGGGAUGCACUUUUGGACGGCCAUUGCAUUUGCUUACCUUUUCACCGUGUUGGAAGCCAUACGUUGUGCUCUUGCUGGCAUGUACGCUGAUAUCCCCUUCGUCUGCGAUGCUGCGUAUAUUCAAAUUCCAUAUGACUAAUAGAGCGAACGAAAGCCGAAGAGAAACUCUUAAAGAAUGUUGUCGUUGCAUUGUUUGGAAUUUGUUGUACGAGGUGAAAACUUGUUAGCCGAAGUAUUUAUUUUCGAAAAUCCGAAAUUAGUUUUUGUUAAAGCAGCAUUUGUGUAAGUGUUGUAAUUGAAUCAGCUGGGUUUGUGCCCAUUUGGAUUUCCUGUACUUUUUUA